GUAAAAUUAUCCGUUACUCUUUGUAAGCAAUCAUAAUUCUCAAGAAGAUAAAUAUUAUUUGAUAAAUACAUUUUACUAUUAUUCAAAAAUUGUUCCAAAUAAUUUUCAUGAUUUUGAACAAGAGCAAGUUUAGUAAGAUGAGGAUAUUCUAUAAUUGAGCAUUGUUGUUUGCCAUUCUUUUGGGAUUCCCAAUUAUAUAUAGGUAGUUCGCUGACAAAUGACAAAGAUUUAGGAAUUUGAAGAAAAAAUUUAUGUUCGAAAGGACGUUCAUCAACUAAUGAUAUUUUACAAACAUGUUUAAAUAAUUUACCACGAAAAUUAUUUGUUACAUAA